AUGUUGUUCCAACAGCUCCUUCCCUUGUUUACUUCUCCUCUCUUAGCCUUCGCCUCGUCGUCCCUGACCGGAGCUUCCGGAGCCUCUUGCUAUGCAUCCACUCUUCCUUCGGUUCCUCCUUCAACUGACGAUCGCCCUGUACCCUGGGGCUCACCUAGUGUACACUUCUCCGCCUUAAACGGUACUCUUACCACAUGCUGCGACUCCCUCGACGAGAUUCGGAUCGCGCUAGAUGAUAUUGAUGAAAAGCUUCUCGAUUUACUCAAUCAGAGAGCCGCCUACGUACGCGAGGCCACACGUUUCAAAUCGACACGCAGUUCUGUCAAUGUACCUUCUCGUAACGACGAAGUCGUGCAAGAGGCUGAAGAACAGGCGGAACACAUUGGGAUGCCGGUUACCAUUGCCCGCGCCACCUUCGAGGCUAUUUUGAAUUCGAGCGUGCCAUUUGAGCAAUGCAUCUUUGACACUAGCCACCCGUAG